AGCGAGAAGAGGGAGAUGGAGAGAUGAGGUCUGAGAAGGACCAGGUUCCCGCGAACAGGGACAAGGGGGGGGUGGAGAUCCAGUUCCGGGACCUCCCGCGGGACCAGGACCUGCUGCACCCGGGGGGCCUGAAGCCCAAGGAGGACAAGAAGGAGGUUUUCACCAAGGUGGUGAUCCGGCGUCUCCCUCCGACCCUCUCCAGGGAUCAGCUGGAGGAGCAGCUCAGUCCUCUUCCUUCCUACGACUACUUUGAGUUCUUCCCUGCAGAUCAGAGCCUGUAUCCUCACCUGUUCUCCAGAGCCUACAUCAACUUCAGGAACCCGGAGGAAAUCCUGCUGUUCAGGGACCGGUUCGACGGCUACGUCUUCAUCGACAACCGAGGCCAGGAGUUUCCCGCCGUGGUGGAGUUCGCUCCCUUCCAGAAGAUUUCCAAGAAGAAGCUGAAGAAGAAAGAUGCCAAAGCUGGAAGCAUCGAAGAAGAUCCGGAGUACCGGAGGUUCCUGGAGUUUUAUUCCUGCGAUGAGGAGAAGUCGAUGGCGAAUCCAGAGACGCUGCUGGGGGAGAUCGAGGCCCGGACCAAGGAGCUCAUAGCGCGGCGCACCACCCCCCUGCUGGAAUACAUCAAGAACAAGAAGAUUGAGAAGCAGAGGAUCCGGGAGGAGAAGAGGGAGGAGAGGCGGCGACGGGAGCUGGAGAAGAAGCGCCAGCGCGAGGAGGAGAAGAGGAAGAGACGGGAGGAGGAGCGACGCAAGAGGAAGGAGGCGGAGAAGCAGAAGAAGCUGUCGGACAAAGACAUCAAGAUCAAGCUGCUGAAGAAAAGCGACAGGGAGGACGAUGCUGAUCCGGACCGGCCCAAGGACAAGAGCGACGCCGGGGAGACGGACCGGGGCAAGUGGGACAAGACGGGAGGACAGACGGGAGGACAGACGGGAGGACAGACGAAGGUGAAGGAGCAAAAAGAAAAAGCUCCGGCCGACGGGGACAAGGAUCCUCCCGGCCGCCGGCCGCGGGACAGCAAGGACCACCGGGGGAAGGACGAGGACCGGAAGCGGCAGCAGCACCACUACGACUUUGACAAGUUCAUGAGGAGGAAGGACGAGACCAAGUGGGGGAAGAACUACUGCCAGGACCGGAUGGACCGGCCCAGGAAGGAGGGGCACCAGGGGCACCAGGGGCACCAGGGGCAUCACCACGGCUUCUACUGCCCCGACGGGGGCGACAAGACGGGCAGGGAGGACCGGGACGACCCGGGGAGGAAGGAGCAGCGGCUCCGGAACAAGGACCGACCCGCCAUGCAGCUCUACCAGCCCGGGUCCCGCAACAGGAAGCGCAUGAGCCCGGCCGGGAAAGGCUACGACUGCGUCGCCGUGAGCCGCUCGCCCGAACACAGGACGGAGACGGAGGCCGUCUCCACGGCAACGGGGCCGGAGAAGGACAAGGAGGAGGACUGAGCCGGACCAGGGCUGAUGGAGCAGCUGUGGACGCGUCCAGCAUCGUCUUCCCUCAUGAAGCGUCUCCUCCGUCUCCGUCUCCGUCUCCAGC